AUGCCUCCUCCGACGACCCCCUAUGAUGGGUUCAACCUCGAGCAGACAGUAGCCAUCUGGAACCAGCUGAAUCAGAUGCAGACCCGAUUCGAGUCAGAUCUCAGCGAUGCCCAAGAUGAGCUGCACGCUCUGGACCAGCAACGCAUAAAUGCGCAGACCCUUGCCCAAGCUCAAGCAACCAAAAUCACGCGCUUGCAAGGACAGUUGGCGGCAUACCAAGCCAUCCAACAUGCGCAGCCUGGUCCGGCUGCUAUCGAGAAGAAAAUCAUUGGGGUAAAGGACCCCGGCGAUUUUGACGGAGAGCCUGGCAACUUUGCUCCCUGGAAGAGCCGAAUGGGGCUAUGGCUUUACGCCAACGCCUCCGCGCUGCCAACAAACUUUGAUAAAUCCUCUGCCAUCCUCACGCGGAUGAAGGGCAAAAUCCCGGCCAAGUGGGCCCAAUACCACAUUGAUCUGUACAAGGAUGGUACAGAACCAUGGCCUACCGAGAAGGAGAUGCUCAGGCUCAUCUCGGAAGCCUUCCUUCCAAGCUCAACAAAGGACUGGGCAAGGAAGAAGCUGUUGGGUCUCCGCAUGGGAGAAAGGAGAGUGGAGGAAUGGCUGGCUGAGUUCUUCAUCCUGAAAGAACAAGGCAAGGUGGAAGAUGGUCAUGCGAUCGACCUGCUCAUCAAGAACAUGAGCAACCCCAUCCGGGAAGAGCUCUACCGGGUGGGAGGUCAACACGAGUCGGAUCUCAAGAAAGUGUACGCCGCCGUACGCAUCAUUGGGAUCCGAAUCGAGGAGUACAACAUCGCAAUCGGGAAGAGGAGGGUCAACUACGAACCGAAGCCGUUGACCUCAACGACAAACUAUCGGGCACCGCCGUACAUGGGCGAACUGAUGGACAUCGGGGCGACACAAGCGUCGUCUAGUAGUGGCCCUAGAGGAGGGUGUUUCACCUGCCAAGGCCCGCACUUCGCGCGGGACUGUCCUCAAAGGAAGGGAGGCGGCCAGCCGCAGCAGCAGAGGAGAGGAGAAAGUCGCCCACAGCAGGGCGCCACGGGUUUCCAAGCCCGUGCGUUAUACGACCCCUACACAGGUCAAAAGAUUGAGCAGCCUCAGACAGCAGAGGCACAAAACGGUAGCAAUGCUACCCCGUUACGGUGGCAAGCAGCCACAAAGGACAUGGACUUCGAGGCCGCCAGGGCCUAUUUUAAGGACUACGAAUCUUUAAACGAACAAUGA